AUGUUUGGAGGCCUAGGCGGGCAACAGCAGAAUAACACAGCAGGCGGGGGCCUAUUAGGGAACGCUACAGCAGCUUCAUCCGCUCAACAACAGACCGGUAGUAUUUUCGGCGGCACUGCAGGUGCAAGUAACACCACGCAACCCCAGACCAAGUCACUGUUUGGCGGUCUAGGAAGCUCUACAACCACUGGGGGCGGUCUCUUAGGCGGGUCCAUUCUAAACAACCAGCAGCAGCAACAACAGCAGCCCCAGAAACCUACCUUGUCCCUUUUUGGAAAUCAGAGCACCACAACUCAACAACCGGCACAGUCCACCGCGUCAACGAGUACCAUGGUCCCUGGGGUCAAAGUGGAUGUCAGUAACCUCUUACCGACGACGAAAUUUGAGAGCUGCGCCGAUGAAAUCAAAGCAGAGCUGGAGCGCUUCGACUCGGCAGUUCUCGCUCAAAUACAGAUGUGCAAUGAGGUCGCGAACAUUAUUCCCAGCAUUGCGGUGCAAGGCGAAACCAUUCCGAACGAUGUGGAGUUUGUACAGGGGAAACUAGAGACAAUGCAGCACGCUCUGGAAAAUGAUGCUCACGAUAUCGAUCAAUUGCGUAGCCUUGUGGCACGGGAUGCAGCGGAAGCACAAGUCGCUUUCCGCGCGAUUGAUACUCUGAAACUGCCAUUGCAGUACCAGUCAGCUGGAGGGCCUGUAUGGUGGUCAGCCCAGGACCAGAAGGUGUCAGACCGACAAUCGUUGCGGUCGACCCGUAAGAAUACCUUGGCCCUUCCUGAUGAUGUCGAGAGUGAUCCAUCUACUACUACCACUGUCAAUGGUGUACCAGUCAAUCUUGUGGAUUAUUUCUCUCAGCGCUCUGACGAAAUGGGCACUGUCCUUGAACAGUACACUCGGAACUUGAAGGAAAUCGAAGACCAUCUACAUGGUGUGGAAUCAACCUUAGAGCGACAGAUCCAUGAAUUUGUGACCUCGCGCAGUCGUGAUAGCACGGCUGUGGGAACGCCCAGGACAAUUCUUAAUGACCUUGCCGCUGUCCUCGGAGAUGUGGAGACUGGCAUUCUAGGUGUUGCUAGUCGCCUUGGGGAAGUAACUGAACAAGCUCAAGAGGUAAUUAUGGGCCCGCCAUCAAUCGGGGAAGGGAGGUUUGGUCUAUAA